UCCCCGCUCCUACUUUUGACCACCUUCAUUUCCCCCUUUUUAGCAAAGAUCAACAGCGAAAGAUAACAGAAAACGUAAAGCUUUAUAGAAGAAGAAGGGCAGCGAGUUGCAGAAGAGAAUGGGAAACAGCUUAGGGAUUAGAAAAAAGAAAACCGCGAAGGUGAUGAAGAUCGACGGUACUACUUUCCGGCUAAAGCCCCCUCUUUCCGCCGGCGACGUUCUCAAAAACCAUCCCGGCUUCUCCGUCCUCGACGCUGACGAGGUGAAGACGCUCGGCGUUCGCGCUCGCCCCCUCGCCAACGGCGAUCCUAUCCGCGCCGGCCACCUGUACUUCCUCGUCCAUCCCCCCCCCCUCCCCGCCGAUAAUAAUCCCCGCCGCGCUUACUCUGGAAACCUUCGCGUGUCGGCGAAGGACAGACUCGAGUCGCUCUUAUUGUCGCGGCGUGCCGUUUCAGACCUAGCGAUGCAUCACAGGCCGGCGGCGGAGGCGGCGGCGGUGGCGGUGGCGGAGAAAUCGCCGGAUGGAAGCAUGCGGUUGAGGAUGAGGCUGCCGAAAGCGGAGGUGGCGAGGCUUUUGGAGGAGAGUAAGGAUGCCGGCGAGAUUACGAGGAAGAUUGUGGAGCUUGCUGCUUCUGUGAGGUCGACGCAGGGGCCGCCGACGCCGGGGGUUGCGAGGAAGGAGAAACGAACGAGAUUCAUGGAAAUGCCAGCAGAGAUAAUCGCAUAAGUUAGAUUAAUAUUGAAUUAAUAUAAUUUUAUACAGAAUCCGGGGCAAAAAACGCAAAAUACAACAAAGAUAGCUGAAUCAAUUGGAUUACAUAAAUCUUUUUUCUGUAUCUUCCUCAGAGUGGUUUGAAUAGCUGAAGCUUCUGCUUAUGGCUUCCGUCUUCCUCUCCUAUAGUUGCAGACUGCUGUUUUUUUAUCAUUAUUGAGAUGUUACAGACAUGAGAUUCUUCUAAUGUUUCUCAAUGGAAUUAGAAAUAUAAGGUGGUGUUCUAUGUAAUUAAUAUA